AUGGAGAUCAUUGCACCUGUAGAUAAAUUUUUCCAUGAUAUUCCUGAAAAAAUAAUUAAUGACAAGCGUUACAUGCCAUACUUUAAAGAUUACAUUGGUGCUAUUGAUAGCACACACGUUGAUGCACGCAUCCCUGUUGAAGAGCAUGUCGCUUACAUUGGACGUCAUCAUUCACCGACACAAAAUGUUAUGGCUGCAUGUGAUUUCAACAUGUGCUUCACAUUUGUUUCACCUGGUUGGGAGGGUUCGACACAUGAUGCACGUAUAUUUAAACAUGCAGUGAUGGAUCCGAAAUAUAAUUUUCUUGCACCACCUUUAGGUUAUCCUCUACAAAGGGGAUAUUUGAAGCCAUACAUUGAAACCAGAUAUCACUUACCUGAUUUUAGAAGAGGUAGUAGAACUAUUAUGGGACAUAAGGAGCUUUUUAAUAGUAAACAUUCCUCACUAAGAAGUGUAAUUGAACGUUCCUUUGGUGUAAGGAAAAAGAAAUGGGGAAUAUUAAGAGAUAUGCCUAAUUAUAAAUUUAAGAAGCAGCGUCUUAUUGAUAGGCAUCAAUGCAGAGUAGGAGAGCAAAUUGAAGAAAGUAAUGUGUUAUAUGCCGAAGUAGAGUUUGGUGAUGAUGAGAGG